AGCAGUUUACUGCACCACGGUUGACGUUACAGUUCCGGUUCCACCUCGUAGUAGCACUUUAGCUAAAACGUCGGCGGGAAACUCGCUGAAACUAUCCUAAACGCAAAUCGACAAGAACAUCAAGAGGACGGGAUCGCACAGCGCCGAGAAAACAGCUGCCCGUUCUUGAUGGCUCUGUAAAUACGCUCACCGCAAACCCAAGCUUCACCGAGUGGGAUCCAGCUAACAUGGCUAACGUCGGAAACCAGCUACCAACGCAGGCCGUUAGCAAGCCUUCGUCGGGAAAACAUGGCAACGUACUGCCCCUAUGGGGCAACGAAAAGACUAUGAACCUCAACCCGAUGAUUCUUACAAAUGUGCUCUCCUCGCCGUAUUUCAAAGUUCAGCUUUACGAGUUGAAGACCUACCACGAAGUCGUGGACGAAAUCUAUUUCAAGGUGACUCACAUUGAGCCCUGGGAAAAGGGAAGCAGGAAGACUGCAGGCCAGACUGGAAUGUGCGGAGGGGUGCGCGGCGUUGGUACUGGUGGCAUUGUAUCAACUGCUUUCUGUCUCCUUUACAAACUGUUUACUCUCAAGCUAACACGCAAACAGGUGAUGGGUCUCAUCACUCACACAGACUCGCCCUACAUCAGGGCGCUUGGAUUCAUGUACAUCAGAUACACUCAGCCUCCGACAGAUUUAUUAGACUGGUAUAAUGACUUCCUGGAUGAUGAGGAGGAGCUUGACGUGAAAGCAGGCGGCGGCUGUGUCAUGACCAUCGGGGAGAUGCUGCGCUCCUUCCUGACCAAACUGGAGUGGUUCUCCACCCUGUUUCCCAGAAUCCCCGUGCCCGUUCAGAAGGCCAUCGAUCAGCAGAUGAAGGCGAGGCCGCGCAAGGUGGUGCAGAAGGAGCCGGAGGAGGAGGCGGAUGUCACAGAGGCGGGGAGGCAAGGAGAAAGGCGGCGCUCCAGGACGCCGCGGCGGACCCCCAGUCCCAAACGGUCGCCCAAGCGGUCGAGAAGCCGGAGCCACCACCGCGAGAGAGACCGCCGCGGGCCGAGCUUCGACCGGGAGCUGGAGAGGGAGCGCGACCGCCAGAGGAAGGAGCGGGACGGCAGGGACCGAGACAGGGAGAGGGAGAGGGGGGAGAGGGAGAGGCGGAGAUCCCGCAGCGCAGACAGGAUCAGAGAGCGCAAAAGGAGCCGCAGCGGCAGCAGAGAGCGGCGGAGCGAGCGCAGGGAGAAGGAAAGGGACGCGGGCGAAGACAGGGGCAGGAAGAAGGACAGGGACCACCACAAGGAGCGAGGCGCCGAGAGGGAGAGGUCCAGAGACAGGAAGAGCAGGGCGGAGAAUGACGAGCGGAGGCACAAGGAGGACCGCGACAGGCACAGGGAGGACAGGAAGGCCAAACGGUCGAGCCGGAGCAGGAGCAGAGAGAGGAGGCAUAAGAGCGGGGCGGAGGAGAAGGCCAGGAAACGAGACCGCAGCCAGAGCAGAGAGAGGGAGCGAGAGCGGGACGGCGAGCGCUCCCACAAGCGCAGCCGCAGCAAAGAGAGGAGCCGUCACCAGCGAGACUCCAGCAACGAGCAGAGCAAACACGGCGAGCGCAGAAGAAGUCAGAGCACCGAGUGACCCGUGGGCUCCUCCUCCUCCUCCUCCUCCUCCUCCUCUCUGCUGCGCGGUCAGGCGUGAGCCCGAAGUGAAGGAGCGUUAGCAUGGCAGGGUUAGCAUCAGGGGCCGUCCGUGGCCAAACGUACCGUUCAGUCCCACUUGUUUUCAGAUGUUUCUCUCCCUCUUAGAACAUUGUUAGUCCUCCAUUUAAAAUCUGUACAGUCAGAACAAACGGCAUUUUAAUUUUUCUAUGAUUCUCGUUUCGCUCCCGAGAAGACGUGGGUUUGUACAUACUGUCUAGGAAACGUCUGCACACUGUUAUCGGGCCGCGUUGGUUUAGAAGGUUCACCUCUGUGCCGUCAGCGGCCACUACACCAAUCAUAGCGGGUUAUCGGAUCUAUUUUCAGCCUUUGAAGCAGUUUGUGCUCAUGUCGGAUCUCUGGUCGACGCUGACGUGCGAUCGGAUGGCAACGGUUUGACUCCAGAGGUGAAGCCCCACAUGACAGUCCUUGACCGUUUGACAGUCCAGGAAUGUUUUAAUCCUCCAAAGGGCAGACGGCCAUGGUCACUUUUUACCACACACACCUGAUCCCUGCUUGUGUUGUGUUUGAGUUGUUGCUCUGUUGCAUUUUGUUUUCUAAUAAAAACCCUUUUACAAAUGA